AUGAGCCCAAGACCAUCUUUAUCUAAGGACCGCAGCCCGGAACCUCCGCGGUCGGCGGGAGUUGCGCCGACCUUCCCCCUGAAGCCCAGGAGCCCCGCGCGGGGGGGGAAGGAGCCCAAGAAACGCAACGAGCGCGCGGGGAAGGGCUUCAAGGGCGGCCCGCAGAACGCGCUGUUCAUGUUCCGCGGGGUUCGGCAGCGCAGCUGGGGGAAGUGGGUGGCGGAGAUCCGCGAGCCGCGCAGCAAGCGCCGCCUGUGGCUGGGGUCGUUUCCGCGCGCGGCGGACGCCGCAAUGGCGUAUGACGUGGCAGCAAGGCGACUUCCUCCUCCUAUCCAUGGUUCUGUCAGCACCCCCCUCUCAUCCCCACCACCUUCCCGCUUCACCUUCCCCCAGCCACAGAACCAGCGCCAAAGGCUCAUGCAGACGCUACAGCACCCUCAGGUGUUAACCCAGGUGCCACAGUCACCACAGGCGCUACAGCACCCGCAGCUGCUGUCUCAUGCGCUGCAACAGCCGCAGGUGCUCUCCCAUGCUCUGCAGCAACAACUGCAGGCGCUACAGCAGCACUCACCCUCGCUACAGCACCCUCAGUCGCUACAGCAGCACUCACCCGCGCUACAGCAACCUCAGUCGCUACAGCAAUCACAGGCGCUUCAACACCCUCAGGUGUUUUUACAAGCACUGCAACAGCCACAGGUGCUCGCCCAUACGCUACAGCAGCAGCCAGAGUUUCUAUCACCACCGCUACAACCGCCACAGUCGUCAAUGCGUGUGCUACAGCCGUCCACUGAAAUGGCUGGACUCACGGGAAGCGGAGGAAACCCGGGUGCUGUCACAGCAGGCCUCUGCCUCGUUGUUUGA